AUGAGUUUUCUGUACGAGUUUUCUGUACAUGAACUUGAUGCCAUAAUGCUUGAUCUAGGUUACCCAGACCCACGGAUGACUGAAUUGACUGAUGAAUCCCCAGUGAUAUACUACCAUUUCAGGAUACCCAAUGGAGACUUUCAAUUUGGUCUUAGAGCUUUAGGGAAUGAUCAGGAUGUUAUCAAUCUUUCUAAAUUUAUUCAAAAUAACAAGUUGAUUGAGGCGUACACAGAACAUGGGAAGACAAAUCUACUCACAUACUUCAUGUCUCCAAAUGCAAAGGGUAAAGUUGUCAUUGAGGAAUUACCAGAAAAUGAUGAUCAAGGGGCUAAAUAUGAGGCUGAAGUUCAUGUAGAAUCUCCAUUGAGAAAUAUGAACCAUGUCAAUGAUGAGACAAUUGGUGAGUACAUGUCUUUGAUUCUUUUUGGGAGUAAAACUGAUGCAUUCUCUCCAGAGUAUAGAAGGGUAGAGUUGGGAAUUCAAAAAGAGAGGAAGGAGGUUCAUGAGGCUACAACUGUUGUUGAAGGAUGCUACAAUCCAUUUACUUCAAAUAUUGCUAAUGUAGGGGAUGAGAUGAUUGGGGUUCAUGAUAAUGACCAUAUUGAUGGAUGCUACAACAACCCACCCAUUAAUGAUGAUGAACAAUAUAGUGAGCUUUUUGAUAACCUUAUGGAAAAUUUAAUUGGAAGUGAUGAGGAUGUUGAAGAGUAUGAAGGGGAUGAUGAAUCUGAAGAGAGUGAUGAAGAGUAUGAAAAGGAUGAAGGUGAUGAUCAUGAUGAGAAACAAUCAGAAAAUGAAGAUAAAGUGGAUGACAUAAUGGAUGAGGAGAAUGUCACACCCUAA